AAUAAUCACAUUGAGGUACUGAAGUGAGCAGACUACAUGUGAACAAGGUGAAGCAGCAUCAUUCUUUUUUUCCAAAAGGCUUUCACAGAAGUAAAUUUCCGUAGUGCAGUGCCAUCCAGUAAAAAGCUCAGAUACUAAGGAGUUAAUUUUCGUCAGAUAACACCACAGCGUUAGAUCCAAGAGCGUGUCUACCAUGAAGGCGUUUCCUGUUCUUGCGAUCACUUUGCUGGUUGCCAUAGUAUCGGGUCAGAAUACUACGCUACCUGCAAUGGAAUUCGUCAACCCAGGAGAGAUCGUUCCUGGGCUUACAAUCCCACAUCUGAUCAACGCUGCUGGCGGCAUCUGGCAGCAGGAUCGUGUCAUUGAUUCCUUGGCCUAUGCUUGCAGAGAUGUCCUACCUUAUAUAGGUUCGGUAAUACCAGAGGUGGACCAGUCAAGUCUGUAUUGGGGUCCGAUCUGUGAUGACAUCAUCGAAGCUUCUGAUGAUCUAGAUGCCUUUGACGCAACGGGGUGGUGUGAUGACAUAAUCACUAUGAUCACCAACUUGACGUCCCAGGGCCAGGGCAGUGACGAAAGAUAUCGCAGACAAGCGGAACCAACCAUGGGAUACCCUGACUACAUGGAAGAUCCCCUGGGUAUCCUUAAAAUCCUGACCAACAUCACCAGAGACCUCUAUGGAAUCGACAUCAACAUGAUCAUCAAUGACCAAUCUACAAUAAACACCAUCUGCACCAACGUCAAGGAGUAUUUCUUGAGACCAUCUCUUCAAGAUUUGAUUUCUCAGUUCGGGGCUGAGCUCCUGAGUGCGUUGCUUCCCCAGGCAGCUCCACUGUGCCAAGACUGGGAUGGUUUCCUCCAGAACUUAGGGAUAAACUCUACCUCUCCAUACUAUCCUAACAUCGAGGGUAAUGCUCGUAUAGGAUCCCAAGCCGUGGGGUACGACAGCAGAGAGGAACUCUGUCAAGCUAUCACUCAAACACUCUCCGUCCAAGGUGACAAUGGUGAAGCGAGACGGGAAUUCUCAACGGAUUUAAUUCUCAGCCUUUUAGAAAUCCCGACAAACGCCGCCAGGUGUUCAAUGCUGGCCAAUGGCCUAGUCUAUGACGUCAUCGAACCAGCCAUCAACAUCGGCAGUAUUGACGUAAUGGUGAUUUCCGAUGAACAGAUUUACCAGUACACGGGAUUCCAAGGACCGAACCCCCUCGAUUCGCUCUGCAUCUUCGUAGAGAAUGCUUUCACAACUGUGGUGGAUCUACCAGACCCAGUUCCAUUCCGGUUCAUCCCAGACACUAAUCUGACUGUCGAGUUCUUUAUCAACGCCGCAGGGGGAGUAUGGAUCCAGGAACGUACCAUUGAUUCUCUAGCCUUCGGAUGCACUGAGAUCCUGCCAGAGCUUGAGUCCAUGAUACCCGAUUUCCGCACGUUCUCUGCUUAUUAUGAGCCAGUCUGCAGAGAGGUACUUGUAGCAGCCAACGACCUGGCAGUCUUCGACGCAGAGAGUUCGUGCACUGAUUUAACAGCUGUUUUUACUGAUUUGAUAUCCACGGAGGACGGCAACAGGAAGCGGAGGCAAGCAGAUAUGGCGGAGGAAGAUAAUAUGUUUGAUUUCAUCGGAAUCCUAAGUAAUAUCACCAAAGACCUCUACGGCUUGAACAUCUCCGACCAAUCCACCGUAUGUCCCAACAUCAAGCAGCUUCUAGAACCAUCAUUACCCGAAGUGGCCACCAGGUUUCUCGCUGAGCUGACUAGCGCAUUGCUUCCUCAAGCAGACACCUACGUUUGUGCAGAUUGGGAAGAGUUCCUUCCAAGUGUCGGGAUCUCCAAGAUGUCGCCCUACUAUCAAAUCAUCUACGAUGCGGCAGAUAUAGGAUCUCGAAUGCUUGGACAUGCUAGCAGAGAUGCUUUCUGCGAGGCCAUUCAACAGGCUCUAUCAGAUGGAGGGGCAGAACGGAGGGCCUUUGGGAGGGAUGCUCUUGAGAGUCUCGUCAAUAUCUUCACCGACGUAGACAGAUGUAUGAUGAUUGGGAAUGACGCAAUUGAUGACAUCAUCGAGCCUGCCCUUCGCAUCACUGUUCCUGGGUUUGAAGUCACGAGCUACCUGAUAUCUCGAUACACCGGUUACAAUGGAGUUAAAGAAAUCUGCAAUGCACUGGAGACGGCAUUUACCGUGUUAUCUGGGAGUACUCUGACACUGACCAUAACCGGUGAAACCCUUAAUGGCGAAGAACUGAUGUACACAACUGACCUGACCAACAUGGCCUCCCCUGCUUUCAAGAAACUUGAAACAAUCUACUGCGGAGUGGCCACGAAUCAUCUCGAGCGGGAGCUAGGAUCAGAUCUUCGUAGACUGGACUGUGUAGCCAAUUCGUUCAAUCCUGGCAGCAUUGUCGCUGAAUUAGAGAUUCAAGUCUUUGCUACCACCCAAGAUGUGGCUGAUUCUCUCGCUGAAGACGUGGCUGAGCUGUCUACCGGUGAAGGUCUCGUUCUCUCCUCCGAUGGGGACUCCCUGUCCGUAUCAUCGUUCUCGGCUACUCCUAAUUCCGCUACUACCAAUGGUGGGCGGGGCUUGUUAACUGGAGCUAUUAUAGGCAUUGCAGUGGGCGUGGUCAUAGUAGAUGUCGUGGUUCUAUAACUCAUUGGAUACUUCGUCGUUCGCCGCCCAGGUCAAAAACGUUCGACGAUUGCCUGAGAGUACUGCAUUAUUUGGUUGGUUUGUUUGAAUGUGUGUUUGCUUGUCUGUUUCUAGUUUGUGCUGAACUCAAUGUUUUUUGGCUUCAAGCACAUCACGCCAUGUUCAGACUGAAGCCCUUGUGUAUCAUCACCCCUUAAUGCACUAUUAUGUUAAUGCUACGUUGGUAUGUAAAGGUAAUAUAUUGUUUAAUGUUUUGUUUGUUUGUUUCUACUUUGUGCUGAACUCAGUGUUCCUUGGCUUCAAGCACAUGAUGUAAUGUUUAAAUCAGACAAUAUUGUCUAUACGGUUUGUAAAUGCAUUGUCAAUCAUUGUUUUUUUUUUUAUGUAAGAUGAAACAGUAGCAAAUAAAUAAUUCAAAAUCAGUUACAGAUGUAGAUGAAGAAUAAUUUUGAAAUCAUAUCAUGAUUUUUAAUCGAAAAAUUUAUUAAGAAUGUAAUUGCUAAUAGCACUUGUAAAUGCAUUGAUUUACAUUGGUAUGUAGAGGGUGUAUAUAGUUUAAAGUCCAUACGUUUUGUAAAUGCAUUGGCAAUCAUUGUUGUUUAUGUAAGAUGAAACAGUAGCAAAUAAAUAAUUUGAAAUUAGUUACAGAUGUAGAUGAAGAAUAAUAUUGAAAAUCAUAUCAUGAUCUCGAAUCAAAAAAAUGUAUUAAGAAUGUUAUUUCUAAUAGCAAUUGUAGGGGCACUGAGGUUUAUAAUCACAUGAUGUGCCAUAUAAAUACACCAUAUUAUUGUUAAGUUUGGAUACCAUCAUACUUCAUCUCUGUAAUUAAGUUUUGGAAAUGUAAGACAUAAACGCGUUAAUUCAAUUUAAAAAAAAGAUAACAUUAGAAUCAUUAGAUCCCUUCGAAUGUUAAAAAUUGAUAUAACUCUUAUAAUUAAGAGCAAAGUAGGAAUUUUGAAUUCCUUAAAUUGUCCAGAUAUUUCAGCCAUUUUAUUGAGAAAUACUCCCUUUUCAGACUUAUAUACAGUCCAAUCCAUUAUGGUAUGAAAUUCAUCCCCAACCCUUCCUAAGUUACAUUCAUUACAAGUACUUAAUGUGAAGGUAUUUUUUCCAGUCGUCUAUGUCUUCCAGUUUCUAUCGCCUAGAUGAACUAAUUCUCAGUCUGCAGAUAUUUGUUCGUAAUUGUACGGUUUUUAACGGUUAAUACAUAUGAUUCUGUUUGUAUACUCUGCUUAAAUAGUAUAUAAUUAUAUUCUCAAUUGAUCGUGUUCUUGCCAUGUACACACUCAUUACAUAAAUCAAUUUAGAACUGGCAUUGCCAAAAUCUUCAAUUUUGGUUUAUAUUUCUAAUAAUUGUGUUGCUUUUUUAAUAUUAGGGAACUUGUACCCGAAUUAUUGGAAUAAUUUAAAUAAAACUGUCUUUCAUAUAUUUGCUAGAUUAACCCUCGUGUCCUUGAAUGUUCCAUAAUUAUUAAAGACAAGACCUAAAUAUGUUGCCUGUUUAACGAUUUCAAUCUUUUAACCAUUCACCUUGAAAUUUUGAUCUUUCAACAUCUUUCCGUUCUUGUUACAAAUAGUCAUGUUCAUUUUGUCAAUAUUAACAUUCGACAGCCAUUUAUUACAGUACACAUAAAGUCUUUCUAUUAUGUUUGCAUUUCAAUUCUUGACUUUGAUAUCAAUACAAUGUCACCUGCAUGCAUUAAACAAUUCACUAAACUUUCCAUUCAAUUACACGGGAUGAGUAUCAAUAGUUCCCAACUCAUGUGGCAGGUCAUUUAGGUAUAGCUUAAACAGGGUGGGACUUAAAGUACAGCCUUGUUUUACGCGACAAUUGGUUUCAAAAUACUAGGUUAUCCUUUCAUUCAGCUUUACACUCAGUUUAAGGUUGUUAUACAUGUCAGUAAUAAUUUCGUAAACUGGCCUCCGAUUCCACAUGUCAACAUUAGAUAAAACAGUCCUUUCCUCCAAACACUAUCGAAGGCUAAUAUAGUACCGAAGCUGUGACAUCAUACAAAUCUAUUUUUUUGAUUUCUCAAUGUUUUCUUCAUUUUCCAAAAGAGCA